GACGGAGCAAAAUCGCGGACGUACGCGCUUACUACGCGUUUACUUCCUGUUUUGUUUCUUUUCUCCUUUCCGUAUCUGGUAAAUAGCUUCGGGUAGAAAUGGAACAAUUAGCCCAGCAGGCGGAAAAUUACGACCGGCCCGAGAGCAGACGCGCCUCUCCCUCCCACCGGUGGACCUUCUAAGUUGUCGCUGACGCUCUCUCCAUUCCGCGGCGACAUGGCACUCAGCUCGGGCGGCUGGGCUCCGCAGGUCUCGCUGCUCGCUUCCUCACAGCUCGGAGCCUGCGACGCCGGGCUCGCUUCUUCGUCGGCUUGCUGCAGCACCGUCUUAAUGUCAGUCCGCGUGUCGGUGUCCCACUCCGGUAUCCGACCCUUGUGCCUGCCCGGAGCCGACAGCGAGUCUCUGCGGCUCCAGCUCAGCAUGGACCCGAGCCGGGCCGGAGAGUUUAGGCUGGCCCUGCGGGACACCAGCGGGAACCGCAGCAUGUUGGUGGAGUUCGACCUGCGCUCGGUGCACUACGAGGUGAGGUCAGCGCGCUGCCAUGAGAUGCGUCUGACGGCGCCGCCGCACGACUUUAUCCGCUUCUCAUUCCGCUGCGACCGCGAAGCGGAGGAGUGGGCCACUGUGGUCAUGUCUUCACUGCGCGAGGCGCAACGGGUUGCAAACAUGGCCACCUACGAAGCAAGCGGUAAGCAAACACAAGCCGGUGCCACUACAGAGACAUCGCUGCCGCGCGCAGAGGAACUUUGCCUGGAGCUGGUCAAGGCGGUGGAGGCCGGAGAUGCUGAAGCCGCCGCGCAGCAUGCAUCCGCUCUAGCCCGUCAGAAAACUGCACUGAGCAUCCAGCCAGCAGAGAAGAACUAUGGCAGCAAGGAGAUCAGUCUGUCCGUAGUGGUGGAGGACGUCUCUUCUUCCUGCUGCUUCACAGUCAAAGUCUUCCCCUACAUGACGGUGGCUGCACUCAAACAACAGGUGUUUGUGGAGUACGGCUUCCACCCUCGAGUGCAGCGCUGGGUGAUGGGUCAGUGUUUGUGCACGGACCCCCGCUCACUGGCCUCCUAUGGCGUGCAGCACGACGGCGACACAGCGUACCUGUACUUGAUCUCGGCUCGCCAGGCACGCAUCACGCGACAGCUUUUCCAGCAGGACCUGGAGGGUGCUCUGUCCGCUCCGCCCCUCCUGACCAGCAACGGCCCAGCGUCUCAAGAUCGCCGGGGCUACAACACACUGCCUACGCGGUUACCCCCCACCGGUCAGGGCAGUGGUGAUCAACCAUCAGACCUACAGGUUGUCCUUGACAUGGAGAAUCUGCAACUGUGCAACAAACCUACUAGAACACAGACGGAGUGGGCUUGUCCCUCAUGCACUUUCAUCAACAAGCCUUCUCGUCCGGGCUGCGAGAUCUGCACUACAGCCAAACCUGAGGCCCACGUUCCCAAUGCCUUUCAACAGGCAGCACGCGGUGAGCCGGCCCCAAACAGCAGCUGACUGCCCGUCAUCGCUGUCUUACAUGCAUAAAAUGCUAUGCCAGUGUUGCCGUAUACGUUGUCCACACACCCGCCAUGAUGAUUGUCAAGUGCACUGAGAGUCACAGCAGCCAAUUGUUGGUUGCUGGAGAUAUUUUACGCACUGUAGCAUGAAGCUGGAAAACAGAGUUCAGCCAUCUUUCAUGGACAAGACGCUCUGAGUUCAGCCACACCAUUUUUUCUUUUUCAGAUAGGAGGGGAAAAAAAACAAAAGAGACCCUUAUAUUUAUUGGAGGGGUGGUUGUGACAGAAGCUGUGGGGCACAUCUGAUUUCCGUCAGGGCAAAACUGUGAAGUUGCCGUUCAGAUGAGAGGAUGUUUACAGGGUGGUUAAAAGUGCUUUUACUCUUCACAAAAUCUAUUUUCAUGGAUGUUUUUUUGUUUUGUUUCAUAAUUGAUGUACAUUUUAGUAGCUGAUUUGAUUUUAUUAGAUUCCUUCAAGUUGUGACAGCAACAGAAUUGUUUUCAAAACAUAUUACUGUAUAAAAAGACGAGCAGAAUAAACAAUGUUACUUUGUGGUUGUCUUAAUGAUGACAACAUUAAAGGGAAUGAAUGGAAAAUGAAUCAAGUCAGCAUUACUUCCUGUUUUAAACAAUUAUGCAUCACCUAACUCCAGAAGUAAAAUGUACAAUGUAUAAAAACAUAAAAAAAAAAAAAAAAAAAAUUCAAACAGACCACAACUCAUUUUUGAACAAGCAUUAUAAAUUAGGAAUAGGCAUUUUAAUACAGUUCCUAACAAAAUUGGAAAUAAUAAUUUCCUCCCAAAUAAAUAGCUUGCCAUGAAACCGGUUCUUCACGUUUAGGUGAGACUGUCUGAUUACAGCCAAGUAGUGUUAACCAUUUUGCCUCAUUUUUUCAAGACAUGAUUCAUUGGUUAUUAUGCCCAUCUCAAAUAGAAUGUAACAAAAUAUACAGUACAGUCAUUUCCUGGUGGGAGAAGAACCUGAGAUCACCUGUCAAAUGCUCGUUGUGGGCUACUUCCAAAAGAGGAUAUUCCAGAAUAGCAACCAGCAGGGAUACACCAUCAACGCCACCAGCGGGAACACCAGUGAGCCGUAAAGCUCAUGGUCCAGGAUGCCCUGCGAUAUAACCGACAGGAAGAGCAGCCAGCCCUCCUGAAAGCCCAGAGGCAUCUCCUGAAGCUCGCUGAAAACAAAGACUGAGAAGAGCAGCGUGCAGGCGGGGCUGAGGAGCACCAUGAAGACGGCUGUCGGGACUCUGAGGAAUAGAAAAUACAUAUAGUAAAAAGUUUUGAAGUUAUCGGCAAGGCUCAAGUGGAGGGCAUUUUUACUUGGGGACGUGUGGCGUGACUGCGGCAGCCAUUGGCACGAGGGUGAGGGCGAGGAUAAAGCCCAGUGAGAAGUUGAUGAGGGCUGUGCAGCCCAAGAGCACAGCCAAGUACAACAACGCUAUCAGCUUCAGAACUCUCCAGCCCUGCUCCGUCCCCUCGCCUGAAACAAGCCUGUCACACACACAGGAUGUUAGAAAAAAACGAUAUUUUGUUAGUCAUCAUUCAUGUGGAUAAGUGGGGGAAAAUACAGUGUGUCCCAAAAAAAAUUGACAUUUCUUGGCCGCAUAAUUUUGACAAUUUUUGUUGAACUUUUCAACAAAACUAAAAAGAAUCCAAAUUCCAUGAGUAUUUCAUAUAUUUUUCUUUUCAGGUUGCCAUAGAAAUGCCAAUUUCUUGGAAUAUGCUUGAACACAUUCACCCAAGAAUGUGCAGCAUGUUUUAAAUGAAAAAUUUGAAAAACUUUAUGAACUAGCAAAGGAAAUUGAACCUGGAACCAAAAAUAGAAAGAGGAAGGUUGCUAGUUGGCAAGAACUCGACUACUGACCAGAGGUGGGCAGUAACGCAUUACAUUUACUUGAGUAACUUUUUGAGAGUACUUCUCAGAUUAGUUUAAAAAGCCAUACUUUUUACUUUUACUCGAGUAGAUUUGUGAAGAAAAAAAACGCUACUUUGGGCUACACAAUUCGUGACAUCUUUCAUCUUUAUUCUACAUAUUAGAUUUUACUGUUUUUUUUUUUGCCAGAGAUGAUGCCAACAAUGGCUCUAUCAGUAUCACCAAUGAGACGUAACAAUAAUCACAUGACUCCAUUACACCAAUCAGACUAAAACUUGCUAUUCUAUGAUCACUAUCACUGGCCUGCAAUCACGUGGCGUCUUUAAAGUGCCGUAAAAAAAAAAAAAAAAGUAUUUGACAGAGCACUGCUGUCAAUAGGACCCGAAAGCACAGAUUUUAAACGCUCUCCCAGUUUUUAUUUGGCACCAGUUGACCACAGAAAACUGGAAAUAUGACUAUUUUAAUUUCACAAUAGGAAAUGUUUUCUAACCUAGAGGGAAUUUAUGCUCUUUGGACGAAUGAUGCUUCAUUUGUGUAAUUUUUUUCCCCUCUUGUCAGAAUUCUAGAUUUUUUUCUGUCUUUCUUUGGCUUAAUGUGGUUAUGUAAUAGUUAUAGUACAGCAUAAUAAUACCAGUUGAUAUAUAUAUAACCAUAAUUGUGCAGAAAAAGAAAAUACCAU